AAGUGAGAUAACACACGGACUGGAAAUGGACCAGAUCCUUCCGGUGCUUUCCUUCUAUCAGCUGACGGCGUGUAUAAAUACAAUGCCCAGCUGACUCUAUGGUUAGUCUACUCUUACGCUGACACAUAUCUGGUCUCUGUGUCCUGUCGACGUCUUGUUUGAGUGUUUUUAUCCAGACUGUUCAUCGAGAGAUUUACCGUAUCCGUCAUUUCACAAGAACAUAAUUGAAACCUCCUCACAAAGAUUAUAAUGAAAUGAGUAAUUAAAACCAUCAAUAAAUGCAAUCACUGAACGCAUAGGAAGAAGAAGAAAACAGACAUCGCGAACCGGUAACCCCUUUGCGAUGUGGCGUCGCGGCCGGAACUCCGGGCCACUCGGCCUCCUCCUGUUGGCACUCGCGGCUCCUUCGGCGGCGUUCCUGGGUCGAGGGACACUGCUGGAGAGGGAGGGCGACAUCUUCGGAAUCUACUGCGAUGAGUUCGACAGAGGCACGCGCGUGUGGCACCACAGGGAGAUCACCAGGGAGGCAGUGAGGAGGGUCAUCGUGGAUCAUUUCAGAACGGUGCCUCCAGCCAAGGGGGUUUACAACCACCGCGACGGCAUGACGCUGGAAGAGGCCUACGCAGAGUACUUCGGCACCGAGUCCUCCCCGAAACCGUUCCUAUCGGCUGUAGCUUCGCUCGUGGACGCCGCCGCUGAAGCCGACGCGGGUUUCCUCGGCUCCGAUCCGAGGUACCAUUUCGGCGGCGAGAGGUUCUCCGAGUCUCAGCAGAUACUGACGGGGCGUUGGCCGCGGAUCGUAAAGGCAAUCCAGGCCGGCGACUACAGCGCCGCCAUCUAUAUGCUCGGCCUGUCCCUCAGUGCAAUACAGGACUUCUAUUCCUAUUCGAAUUGGGUCGAAUUGGGCAAUGAGGAGUUCAAUCCAGUUGUUGGAAUAUCCGGCCUCUCCCUGUCCGACGUGGCGGACCCGCAGGAGGGCACGUGCAAGGACUGCUCGACGGACGCCAGCGGGGUCGGCGCCUGUCCUGACAACCUUCUUCAGGACAUUCUCGACACUGGCAAGCUCACGUCCGGGUAUAAUGAUGGAGACGCUGUGGCAGGGAGGAGGGUGGAGAAGCCGAGGGGCAUUGCCAAAUGCAGCCACGGAGGUUCGAGGGACAAGUCAAGGAACACGGGGGCAAGAGGAGGUAUCAACAAAGAGCUCCCGACCGCCUGCUUCUCUCCUCAUCACCAGCUGCACGAGAAGGCGGCGCAGCAAGCCAUCCAGGCGACCGAGUACUACCUGACCCUAGUGCGCGGGGCAGUCGGCGAUGACCUCUUCGUCCGCUUCCUGGGCCUGUACCCGACGCCCGCGCUUGUCCUCGUCCUAGACACAACGGACUCCAUGGACAAGGAACUCGCGGCUCUCGUCCACACGGCCAGUCGCCUCGUCCAGCAGCACGCCAGCGCCACCUACCCGCCGGCCGAGUACCUCUUCGUGCCCUUCAACGACCCAACUUACGGCCCGGUAACGAGGUCGCAGAGGCCGGAUGAAAUCUACCAAGCGCUGACAGCUUUGCGUGCCGUGGGGGGAGGAGACGAGGCGGAGCUCAGCAUGUCCGCCCUCAGGCUGGCCCUGCACCACGCCCCGCCUCACGCCCAUGUCUUCCUCUUCACGGACGCUUCUGUCAAGGACCCCGAACUCUUUGACGCAGUGGUGGGCCUCGCGCACGCCAAGAGCAUAAAGGUGACGCCCGUGCUGACGAUGCCAAUCGACUACGGCGGGAUAAGCGGAAGGAUGCUUCUCCCUGAGAUCGAGGAGGAGGAGAAUGUAACGCUGAGUGAUGCUGCGGCCAAUGACAUCGCUACGGCGGAGGGCGAGAUGGAGGGAAAUGCUGUUAGCCAAAGAGGAGGUUUCGGAAGUAUAAGCAGGAGCAAGCGCGCUGCCCGCACGGCCCGCCCUCGUCGGCAGCUGCGGAGCUUCUCGAAGUACGCGGAGCUGGCCGAGCGGACCGGCAGCCAGGUGGUCGAGUCCCCCGGCGACCGCGUGGAGGAGACGGCCAGGAUCGUGGAAGGAGCCGCAAAGCAGGCAGUGUUGUGGAAGGACAUCGGCGUGACGUCACCACAACGAAUCAAGGUUCCCAUCGAUUCGCUAAUCAGUAGCUUCGAGGUGUCUGUAACCGGCCGCCUUUCUUCAGCAGUCCUCACGUCACCUUCUGGUUCAAGAUUUGACCUACUUGCACGAAAUAACAACGCUGGCCAAGGCUAUGCCGUGGUGGCUUUUACUCCAUACCUCGCACGGGUCCGUGUUGACAUGACUCAGCGUCCAAACGACGUGGGAGAAUGGACCCUGCAGUUUAACCCUUCAGAUGAGUCAUCGGUUGUUAUUUCAGGCCGCACGCCCAUGGACAUCAUGCCCACCUUCUAUACUCCUGACACCUUUGGCAGUCACCCUUCUUUGCAAAGGGUAGCUGGUCAGCCAAGUAGAAGUUCUGAUACCUAUCUGGACGUCGUUAUUACCGGCGUCGACACCUCAAACCUCCGUCGUGUGGACAGAGCGUACCUAAAGGACUCAACGGGAAGGGAGCUCCUCAACCUUGACUUCCCCAUCAAGAGCCCCAGGAGGAACACGUAUCUGAAGUUUCCUUCCCGAAAUCUUCAAGCUGGAAGGUUUACGGUGGUUGUCAUGGGCGUCGACGGCAGUGGACGUCCCUUCCGACGCGAGAGUGGGGCGCAGUGGGACCUAGUGGAUUCCUUGUUGGGCUUUCCCUUGGGGCGAGAAGUCUGGGGAUCCCCCGGGGAUAACCUCAAGAUACCUGUCGUCAUUACGAACACGAAUGCUGAUAAUAUCGCACAGAGCACCUACUUUAUCAGUGCUUAUGAUGCUUUAGGCUCCACAGUGUCUCUUGACCAAAAGAGAGUGACACUGGGAAGGGACGAGUCCGUGGUUCUGACAGUGACAAUGGUCAUGGCUUCCUCAGCUCUUCCGUACACGACCAACACCCUGAUCGUCACAGCCAUCUCCAACCGGGGCGACACUUCCCAUAUUCAGGCACAUCUCUCUGUUGUCCCGAAGGCCUUCCUUGCCGACACGACGCCACCGACGUGCCAAGUACUCAGCAAGACCCCGUGCACUGGCUACCUCACCCCAGAAACCUGCAAGCAACGGUACUGGCAGACGGACGUCAGGCUCUGGGACGCAAGAUCAGGAAUUUUCCAAGUGUCGACCAGCCCUCCUUCCGACAUCCCUGUCUUUGCCAGCGGGACCCACGAGCUUACCGUGACCUACGAAGCCCUCUGCUGCGAUCCGAUGGUGACUGUCAUUGCGUACGACGCGGCGGCCAACCUAGGAGUCUGUAACGUUGAUAACGGCAGUCUUGAAGUGGAGCCUCUCCUCAACACGGGCGAGAUCGCGGGCAUCGUCGUGGGCGCCGUGGUCCUCCUUCUGCUGCUCAUCCUCCUCGUGGUGGGUAUUGUCAUCCGCCGACGCCGCACGAGGACCGAGGACGUCACCCUCAGGAGGCGAGGGCCGCACAACUCCGACGAAUAGGGGCGACAGGAGCACCCGCGAGCUCGGACCUUUGGCGACGUGGUGGGGCCUUCGACGCCUCCGCCCGAGAGUUCGCGAGAGACGUCGUGGUCCUCGGAGUUCUCAGCGACGACAGCCUGGACUUCAUGGUCGGCUGAGGACCCUCCUUACGGGGCGCCAGAGUCUCCCCCGAGCAGUGCCUCCAGCUCGAGGUCUUCGGUUGACUUCGGUUUCUGGAGAGUGACGUUCCUGGGACCGCAGUCAAUCUUUACCGUCACUAGAAGCCAAAAGUGAAUCCAGACAAUCCAACGGCCUCUCUCUCUCUCUCUCUCUCUCGUUCUCGUCUUUCCAUUUGAUUAACUUACUCACAAAAAAAAUGUUCAUUUAAACAUGGAAAGAAUUGGCUUCCUUGGGUGCUCCUUCGUAAUUUCUCCAUGAGCUUCUCUGAGCUCAGAAGUUUGGUGCUUUAGUAUGUCGAUUUGCGAUUUUUGUAAAUAUAUUGGUUCUUUAAUCAAAUGAUUGCUUUCACUGCUUAAAUAUUCAUUUUCUGUUAAUUGGAUUUUACUUCAAAUAUCUUCAAAUAAUGAUUUGAAUAGUCGUGUUAUGUACUUUAUGUAGCUAGAUAUUUUUUUUCAAAUAUGAUUAUGCAAAAUUUACCAGGGUCAAUUAUCAUGUGAAAUGAGUUGUGUAUGUAUACAUACAUGCAUACAUAUAUACAUACAUACAUACGUACAUACAUACAUACAUAUAUACAUACAUACAUACAUACAUACAUACAUAUAUACAUGCAUACAUACAUACAUACAUACAUACAUACAUAUAU